AGCCAGCGCCCCUUGCUAGCCGCUCAAGUUGGAGCACGCACGAGACCCGCCGAGACGUCAAGCGAACAUGGCGAAGACCCUAAAGGCUGUCACUAGCACACACAGAGGAAGACACGACGUCGUUUGAACGAACAACACGGAUUACCUCCUCCCGAGGCCUCCUGUCAACAUUUUUAAUCGGCGUUUGGUUCCUUUUUUCCGCUACUUCUUCUAGCCACAGGCGACGAAAAAGCUGGGGAGGGGGCGGCGGCGGAGCUCAGCUGACAGCAAACAGCAAGCAGCGCGAACAUUUGAACAGAAUGUUAGCUAACGCCUCCAGAUAGCCAACAUUUACCCAGCCGUCGACGAUAAAGUGUCGCGCUUGAAGCGUUUUUUUAUUAUUACUAUUAAAAUUUUAUUUCAACCACAGCAGCAGCAUGCGUCGGUGAUCUGUUUCUCCGAAUUGACGAGACGAAAUUCCGAGGCGUUAGCCAACUAGCGCGCUAACGACAUGUCUGACAACCAGAGCUGGAACUCUUCCGGCUCCGAGGAGGAUUUAGAGUCCAAAGAUGAGCCAGGACACCCGGUCGGCGUCGGUGAGUUCAGCGGGGUCCUCAGCAAGUGGACCAAUUACAUCCAUGGCUGGCAGGACCGCUGGGUGGUUCUGAAGAACAACACACUCAGCUACUACAAGUCCCAGGAUGAGACCGAGUAUGGCUGCCGUGGCUCCCUCUGCCUCAACAAAGCGGUUAUUACUCCCCACGAGUUUGACGAGUGCCGACUGGACAUUAGCGUCAACGACAGCGUCUGGUAUCUGAGGGCACUGGACCCCGAGCGCAGGCACCUGUGGAUCGACUCCAUUGAGCUGCACAGGGCUGAUCCCGGCUACGGUUCUGAGUCGAGCCUGCGGCGGCAUGGCUCUAUGCUGUCCCUCACGUCAGCCACCAGCGGCUACUCGGCCACCUCCACCUCCUCCUUCAAGAAGGGCCACAGCCUGCGAGAGAAGCUGGCAGAGAUGGAGACCUUCAGAGACAUCCUGUGCAGACAGGUGGACACACUGCAGAAAUACUUUGAUGGCUGCGCAGACGGCGUCUCCAAGGACGAACUGCAGCGAGACAAAAUUGUGGAGGAUGACGAGGACGACUUCCCCAACACCCGCAACGAUGGAGAGUUUCUUCACAACCACAAUGGCAGCAAAGACAAACUCUUCCAGUGCUCCAGCCCCAAGGGCGUGAACGGCAUCGACUUUAAAGGCGAGGCCAUCACGUUCAAAGCCACCACUGCUGGGAUCCUGGCCACACUGUCCCACUGCAUCGACCUGAUGGUCAAGAGGGAGGACAGCUGGCAGAAGAGGCUGGACAAGGAGAUGGAGAAGAGGAGACGAAUCGAGGAGAGCUACAAGUCGGCCCUGAAUGAGCUGAAGAAAAAGUCCCACUUUGGAGGUCCAGAUUACGAGGAAGGUCCAAACAGCCUCAUUAACGAGGAGGAGUUCUUUGACGCAGUCGAAGCUGCUCUGGAUCGACAGGACAAAAUAGAACAGUGUCAGACUGAGAAGGCGAGGAUCCAGAGGUCCAGUCCAGUUCCACCACCAGACGUCUUCUCCAGCUCGGGCUCUCACAGAUUAGCUGAGCAGGUAGAGGAGAUGGUGCAGAGUCACAUGACCUACUCCCUCCAGGAUGUCGGUGGAGAUGCCAACUGGCAGCUGGUGGUGGAGGAAGGGGAGAUGAAGGUGUACCGGAGGGAGGUGGAGGAGAACGGGAUCGUUUUGGACCCGCUGAAGGCCACCCACUCUGUGAAGGGCGUGACAGGCCACGAGGUGUGCCACUACUUCUGGGACACGGCCUACCGCAACGACUGGGAGACCACCAUCGAAAACUUCAACAUCGUGGAGACGCUGUCGGACAACGCCGUCAUCAUCUACCAAACACACAAGAGGGUGUGGCCCGCCUCCCAGAGGGACGUCCUCUACCUCUCGGCCAUGCGCAAGAUUGUGGCGAGCAAUGAGAACGACCCAGACACCUGGCUGGUGUGCAACUUCUCCGUGGACCACGACGACGUGCAGCCAAGCAGCCGCUGUGUCCGCGCCAAGAUCAACAUCGCCAUGAUCUGUCAGACCCUAGUCAGUCCACCAGAGGGCGACAAGGAGAUCAGCAGAGACAACGUCCUGUGUAAAAUCACCUAUGUAGCCAAUGUGAAUCCUGGAGGCUGGGCCCCCGCCUCGGUGCUCAGGGCAGUUGCCAAAAGGGAGUACCCCAAGUUCCUGAAGCGCUUCACCUCGUACGUGCAGGAAAAAAACGCUGGCAAGCCCAUCUUGUUCUAAACAUCCCUUUAAAAAAAAAAAAACACACAUCUUACCAGGUACCAAUCGGUUGUUGUGGUUACAACGCCCCCUGGUGGCUACAUGAUACAUAACUAAAUCACACUCCAAGUGGUGACAUGAAUUAAGAGAAAUGUACUAUGUUGUGUAAGAAAAGUGUAAAGAGAUUUCAAGCUAUCUUUGCUAAAUAGACUGUUAAAGACUUUUCACUCUUGUUUGUACAAAGUGCAGAGGGCUGUCAUCACCUUUGAGCCCAAUGAUGUUAAAUGUCCAGCUAAUGAAUGCGCCCCGUUAGCGCUGAGGGUGGGACAUGUCAAACCAUUGUACACCUUUUUGGAAAGGAACCUUUCAGCUUCAUGUUAAAUUUCUAAGCAAAAGUUGUUGUUGUUGUUGUUGUUGUGAGCGUGUUGAGCCCAAAUGCCUUAGGAAUAGUUUGAGGUUCUGUCAGGAGGUGCUGAUAGAACACCCGUGACAUCACGACUACUAGUCAAGUGCCUCAUGGCUGCAUUGGUCCGACUUGAUUUUAGUCACGUGAGGGAUUGAAAGUACAACCUUUGAAACUGUGUACUUUCAAUUCUUCAUGGUCAUUGUGGCCACCUCAAUGAUGGAAAUCAAUUGAAGCUAUUUGUUUCUAAUACGAAACAUUCAUUUGGCGCAAAUUCUCUUACAUUUUAACCGAGUGGCUAAAUGACAACAUGAAGCCCAAAUCAACAUGUUAACAAGUGUAGCAGUUAGCUAGUUGAAUGUUUGUACUAAUGCUGGAAGAGAGGAGGAAUAAAUCACCAUCCAUGUUUG